GAAAAUUGUUCUUGCAUGGCUUAUGCCUAUAAUGAUAAUAAUGGUGAGUGUCUUUUAUGGGAUGGAGCUCUUAUAAACUUACAACAGGCAGAGGUUGCUGGUGGCAGGACUGAAGCUGAAAUUUACAUCAGAUUUGCUGCUUCUGAGCUUGAACUUGAGACUGGUAGUGGGAGUAGCCGAAUAGGUAAUAUCAGAAGGACAAUAAGGGUAACCUUGGCUGUGGCUGCUCCAGUAACUCUGAUUACCUUAGGCCUUUUCAUAUACUUCAGCUGUCUGCGCAAGGGAAAGCUCAUACACAAAGGGAAGGAACAUGCAAGCCACAAUAUAUUGCUCUUUGAUUUUGAUACCGAUCCUAGCUCAACAAGCAAUGAAUCUAGCACUGUUGACAAUGGGGAGAAAAGAUGGAAUAGAAGUGUAGAAUUGCCAUUAUUCAGUUAUGGGAGCGUAUUAGUUGCAACUGGACAAUUCUCGAAUAAGCUUGCAGAGGGAGGAUUUGGAUCUGUUUACAAGGGCAAAUUACCCACGGGACUGGAAAUAGCAGUGAAGAGGCUUUCAGAAAGAUCUGUGCAGGGGCUUGAGGAGUUCAGAAAUGAGACAACUCUAAUCGCCAAACUCCAGCACCGGAAUCUUGUCCGGCUACUUGGUUCCUGUAUUGAACGGGAUGAGAAAAUGCUAAUCUAUGAGUACCUGCCAAAUAAAAGCUUGGAUUUCUUUCUCUUUGAUGCAAACAGAGGACAAAUCUUAGAUUGGGGUAAACGGAUUCGGAUAAUCGAAGGAAUUGCUCAAGGCCUUCUGUAUCUACAUAGAUACUCACGGUUACGAAUCAUUCACAGGGAUUUAAAACCUAGCAACAUUUUAGACAGUGAAAUGAAUCCAAAAAUAUCCGAUUUCGGGAUGGCUCGAAUUUUCGGAGGCAAUGAAACUCAAGCAAACACCAACAGGAUCGUUGGAACAUAGUUUCUUGAAUUCCACUUUCCAGUACCAGCUACUCUUAACAUGAUCUGCGCUGACCUUUCCAAUUUUUAGUGCAUGCAGAAACAUGGCAGAACAAAGACGAUUGAUGAGCUCUUCUGGCGUACCUUCCGCGAAUAAUGUGACAAUAACAGUGAUAGAUGGGAGAUAGUUUUUUCAUCAAGAGGUCUAAAGGACAUGAAGCUACUUCAAUAUCAGAGCGAGGAAGCUAUGAGUAUGCAGCUUAGAUCAGGCUUAUUUGUAUAAGUUCUCCGAUUUGAAUUGUACAAUAGUUUGUUUCAGUUUUUCCUAUUAUUCUCGUUUUAUUGAAACAUGAACAACAUCAAAUCAAGUAUUCAUAGAACACAUUUAAUUCAGAUCUUAAAUAUACUAAAAACUCAUUUUCCUUUUA